UCCAGGUGGAAAAAAAGUGAGGGUGUAAACGCAACACAGUAAGAGACAUUUCCUCAAAUCUGCAUCAAGAUGGAAGCCUUCUGCCUCAGGGCAUCCUUUUGGCUGGCACUGGUUGGAUGUGUAAUCAGUGAUAAUCCUGAGAGUUACAGCACAAAUCUAAGCCAUCAUAUGGACAAUUUCACCACCUUUCGGGGAACAGAGCUCAGCUUCCUGGUUACUACUCAUCGACCCACUAAUUUGAUCCUACCCAGCAAUGGCUCUAUGCACAACUAUUGCCCACAGCAGACUAAAAUUACUGCAGCAUUCAAGUACAUUAACACUGUGAUAUCUUGUACUAUUUUCAUCGUGGGAAUGGUGGGGAAUGCAACUCUGCUCAGGAUCAUUUACCAGAACAAGUGCAUGAGGAAUGGCCCCAACGCGCUGAUAGCCAGCCUUGCCCUCGGAGACCUUAUCUAUGUGGUCAUUGAUCUCCCUAUCAAUGUGUUUAAGCUGUUGGCGGGGCGCUGGCCUUUCGAUCACAAUGACUUCGGUGUGUUUCUUUGCAAGCUGUUCCCCUUUUUGCAGAAGUCAUCAGUGGGGAUCACCGUCCUCAACCUCUGCGCUCUUAGUGUCGACAGGUACAGAGCAGUUGCUUCUUGGAGUCGGGUUCAGGGAAUUGGGAUUCCCUUGGUCACUGCCAUCGAAAUUGUCUCCAUCUGGAUCCUCUCCUUCAUCCUGGCCAUCCCUGAAGCCAUCGGUUUUGUCAUGGUACCCUUUGAGUACAAGGGUGAAGAACACAAAACCUGUAUGCUCAACGCCACAUCAAAAUUCAUGGAGGUCUACCAAAAUGUGAAAGACUGGUGGCUCUUUGGGUUCUAUUUCUGCAUGCCCUUGGUGUGUACCGCCAUCUUCUAUACCCUCAUGACUUGUGAGAUGUUGAACAGAAGGAAUGGCAGCUUGAGAAUUGCCCUCAGUGAACAUCUUAAACAGCGUCGGGAAGUAGCAAAAACAGUUUUCUGCUUGGUUGUAAUUUUUGCUCUUUGCUGGUUCCCUCUUCAUUUAAGCCGUAUUUUGAAAAAAACCGUGUAUGAUGAAAUGGACAAGAACCGAUGUGAACUGCUGAGUUUCCUGCUGCUCAUGGAUUACAUCGGUAUUAACUUGGCAACGAUGAAUUCAUGCAUAAACCCAAUAGCUCUGUAUUUUGUGAGCAAGAAAUUUAAAAAUUGUUUCCAGUCAUGCCUCUGCUGCUGCUGUUACCAGUCCAAAAGUCUGAUGACCUCGGUCCCCAUGAAUGGAACAAGCAUCCAGUGGAAGAACCAUGACCAAAACAACCACAACACAGAGAGGAGCAGCCAUAAGGACAGUAUUAACUGAUCAUUCCAAGAAACAUUGAUCAAUAUUCUUUUAAAUCCAGUGGGAGAAAAAAACCACACAGCAACUGUGUCUCCAGAAAUCCCUUCUCUAGUCCUGCCUUAACUCAGUCCCACCCCCAGAGAAGAAAUGCUUCCCAAAAUGGCAGAGGGUGGACAGGUUUAUUCCCACAAAGUCUAUGAAUCUUACUUCUUUAAUUUAUCUAACUGACAUAUUCUGCGUGUCCUAUUCAGCACUAAAAAAUGGUGGGAGCUGGGGGAAAAUGGAGAUGGUUGAGUGAAACUAGAGGAUUUUUACUCUUUUUUGCGUGAAAAUAGUUUUCAAGUACACGACCGGCUUUUAUGGGAGUUAUGUUGAAGGUUCAAUGAGAACCGGUCACCAUGAAAUUUUAGAGAUGAUGACAAGAUUUUCUGCUUAAGUGAUUUUUUUUUUUUUUUUGACCAAACACAAGUCACUUAUAUCUGAAGUGUCAUUCAAUGCUAGUAUUUUUUUAACUGCAUAAUAGCCUAAAAAUGAUUAUUUGAGCUUAUUUACAUAUAUGUUGCAAAAAGAAAAAAGUAUUCAGAUGAGCAAUGAGAUUAAUUUUUCUCAUGUCACUGUUUUAUUUUUGAAACAUGAAUUCUAAAAUUGCAACAAUUACAGAUCCUGAA